AUGAAGUUUGCUAAACAAUACAGCGAGGCCUACCGAGACCUCCCGCCGGAGUGGCCGGCCUUUCAGUACAAGGCGUUGAAGAAGACUAUUCGGAGUAUCGUUAAAGAAUUGGAGGAAAAGGGUAUCUCGGUGGGAGACAAUUCAAAAGGGACAGUGAUAUCGACUCCUUCGGGACCGCGGUUAUGCACAGUCGAGUACUUUCUGGAAGGCAGCUCGGGAAACCUCGAGCCGUUCAUAAUCAUCAACAUUGCUGGGGACGACGAAGCUCAUAAUGCCGGUCUGAGUGUAGAAGCCAACCCCGACGCCCCCGUGCUUUCCUUAUCGGAUCAGAAGAAGGGUGUUCAGAUAGAGGUUCAAGAGUCGGGGAAAUCGAAAGCUGGGGGAUCGAGGUCAUUGCGGAUCAAGAUCCGAUCAAAGUCACAUAUCUCCUUGAAGGGCCUGCUUUCAAAAACUGCAAAGGAGGAUAAGGGCAAGCAGGCGGGUCAGUCGUUGUUUUCGCAAGCCGCCACCGCCGCCGCAGGGGCGGUUUCUGCCCCGGCUACCGACGGCGGCAGCAGCAGCAGCAUUCCAUCCCCAACGGAGGACAUCAUUCUGGACGUCGACGACAUCAUCUCCACCCCCCAAACUUCGUCAUCAGCAGAAGACGCUGGCAACAACGUCCUCAAACUCUUCCUCGAAGCCGACCAACAAUUCUUUUCCGACAUCUCUUCCGCCGUCACCGAAAUCACCGUCUUUGAAAAUACCCAACGCUCAAAUUUCAACGAAAACCUCGAAACCCUCUCCCGCUACCUCGCCAGCGCCUCCUCGCCCUACAGCAAAGACAUGUACGCCUGGCGCACGCUCCUCUCCGCCUACCUCCAGUCCGAAAUUUGGCUCGUCAACGGGGUCAAAGACCGGCCAUUACCCUCCAGCAAACAACAGCUGUUAACCUUCGCCAAGAUCGUGCAGGAGAACAUGCGCCAUCAGAUGAAAGCCGAAGCGUCCAUGAAGGCGCUGCGAGCAUUUUUGGCGAUCAAUCAUGAGAUUCUUGCGUUGAGGACGUUUGAGGAGAUCAAUCAUAUGGCCGUGCGGAAGAUUCUGAAGAAGCAUGAUAAGAGGACGCAUUUGACCGCUAGCGAGGAGUUUAGUCGGUUCUCGCAGGGCCAGUCUUUCUUUAUGGAUAAUAUUGCACGGGCCCUUAUUUUUUCCAUUCAGGAACGACUGGUAACAGUGAUCCCCCAACCCGACGACUACGCCUGCCCGAUCUGCCAAGACGUGGCCUGGAAACCCAUCCGUCUCACCUGCGGCCACGUCUUUUGCGUUCGGUGUCUCGUCAAGGCGCAGGUCCGGGAGGUCAAGAACUGCCCGGUGUGUCGGUCACAUAACGCGAUCGAGGACGCGACGCCCAACCAGCUCGACGUGGCAAGAAUGAACCUCCUAAAACUCUACUUCCCCAAAGAAGUCAAACAAAAGGCCCUCGAGAACGGACGCGAGCGCGCCACCGAGGAGCUCGCUACCCUGUUUCCGAACGGGAUACCACAGGCGCUCAUGAGCAGCAGCCCAUCCGCACCAACUGCGGCGGCAGCCACAUCCAACCCCGUCCGCCCACGCACGGGUCGGCGGGGGUCGCAGCAGUCUGUUGCGUCCGUGUCGAGCGCUUCCGGGAAUGGCACAGGGUGUGUCGUUAUGUGA